CUUCUCAUUUCAUUUAUUAACAAUUAAAAUACCACAACUACCCCCACUUACUUUAUUUAUUACCCAUCACCCACCUCAUUUAAUACACUCCAUCCCUCUCCUUAGGUGGACGGAGGGAGUGUGUGUGUGUCUAUAUAUAUAUAUAUAUAUAUAUAUAUAUAUAUAUAUAUAUAUAUAUAUAUAUAUAGUAGUUUUAUUAUUUCUGAUAUAAAAGAAGCUGAUGUUUGUCUUAUUAGUAGUUUGAGCUUCAACUUUGUUAGGAGAUAUGCGAAUCAUACUGCUCAUCUUGUGGUUAAGGAGACAGGUUCUAUGUUUGAUUCGGUGGGAUGAUGUGUCGUUCCACGUGCUCUUCUUGGUUUGGAAAAUAUCCUAUUCUCUCAACAACACAUCCCUUUUUGCAGGAAGAAGGGAAAUGGGAGAGGUUGUCAAGAGUGGGCAUAGUGGAGGAGCACGCGGAGGCGGUGAAGGCGGCGGGGCCCACAGUGCCCAUGGCGGAGAGCGGUCGGGCCCGCACCCGUCGGGAUCUUCUAGCGUCGUGCCGGUGUAUACCGCCAGUUCCCACCGCAAUUCCCGUCGCGGCAAAUCGUCAUCAACAACUUCUUCUGCUACAACCAAACUUGGAAAGUUGUUGCUCAUUUUCCAACUCUAUCUGCAACUCUUGUAAUGCUCUUCAUGAGUUCAAGGUUUAAUAAGCUAGCCGCCCAAUUGAUACUAUUUGAAUUUUGAUGGAAAAAAAGAAGAGAAAAAAAAAGACAAGUAUAUAAAAAAAAUAGAAUGAUAUUUGUUGGGAAUAAUAAGUCUAAGUUUGGCCCACACAUUUUCAUAAAGACGCGUAAAUAGGAAACAAUAUUACUUUCUAUGCGUGUCUGUGUGAAGGGUGGAGGCAAACUUGAGGUCACUCUUGGUCUUGGAAUGCCUCUAGCAUUAUUCACAAAUCAAUAACAUAUUUGGUCUGAACUUCUCAUUGAUGUGCGUAGCGAGUGAAUAGUAUCACUCUAUGUGCGUGUUUGUGCGAAAGAUGAAUCGAGACAAACUUGUAGUCAUUCUUGGUUUGGUUUUGGAGUGUUUCAAGCACUGUUUGUAAGUCGAAUAACACCCACAAUGUAUG